AAAAUGCUCUUUCGUCUAGGGUUUCUCAAAUAAAAGCAAUAACUUAUACUCCCACCUUAUUGUUCCAAAAGCCUCAAAGAAGAAAGAACAUCAGCUUUCUCGCACAGGUAAACCAUGAAGCAUAACAAUGUUAUCCCCAAUGGUCACUUUAAGAAGCAUUGGCAAAACUAUGUAAGGACUUGGUUUAACCAACCUGCUCGCAAAACAAGGAGACGUGUUGCUAGGCAGAAGAAAGCUGCAACGAUCUUCCCUAGGCCAACAGCGGGAUCACUCCGUCCUAUUGUUCAUGGGCAAACACUAAAGUACAACAUGAAAGUCAGAGCUGGCAGGGGAUUCUCUCUAGAAGAGCUGAAAGCAGCUGGUAUCCCCAAAAAACUUGCUCCAACUAUAGGCAUUGCUGUGGAUCACAGGCGCAGGAACAGAUCCCUAGAAGGUCUCCAGACCAAUGUCCAGAGGCUCAAGACAUACAAAGCUAAGCUAGUUAUCUUCCCAAGGCAUGCUAAGAAAGUCAAGGCUGGUGAUUCUAGUGCCGAGGAACUUGCCAAUGCAACUCAAGUCCAGGGUCCUUACUUACCUAUUGUUAGAGAGCAGCCAGCUAUUGAGCUUGUGAAGGUCACGGAUGAAAUGAAAUCAUUCAAAGCUUAUGGCAAGCUGCGUAUUGAGCGUACCAAUGCUCGUCAUGUUGGUGUGAGGUUGAAGAGAGCGGCUGAAGCUGAGAAGGAAGAGAAGAAAUAAGACAUUUCUAAUGUCUUAUUUUAUUGCUAAUUUUUUUUGGACGAGUCUCGAUGAUAUGGAUUAUUUCGAGUACACUAUUAUUUCAAGAAUUUACCCUUUUUGUUCGUACUUGUUGAUGGGAGUCUGUUAUGCUCUAGUCAGAGACUAUAACUCCAAUAGUAGUAUAUCCUUGAAGCGUAA